GCUGCUGCCGUGCUCGCCCGUCCCGGCGCGCCGCUCGCCACGGCCGCCCCGCGCACGGCUGCCCGGAGCCCGCCGGGCCAUGGACUCGGACGCCAGCCUGGUUUCCAGCCGCCCGUCCUCCCCGGAGCCCGAUGACCUCUUCCUCACGGCCAGGAAUAAGGGCAGCGGCGGGGGCUUCACGGGGGGCACCGUGUCCAGCUCCACGCAGAGCGACUCGCCGCCGGAGCUGAGCGCCGAGCUGCGCAGCGCCAUGAGCGCCGCGGGGGUGGUGGUGGUGGACAAGCUGGGCUUCAAAUCCUCCUCGUCCUCCUCCUCCUCGUCCUCCUCCUCCUCCUCCAAGAAGGACAAGAAGCAGAUGACGGAGCCGGAGCUGCAGCAGCUGCGGCUGAAGAUCAACAGCCGGGAGCGCAAGAGGAUGCACGACCUGAACAUCGCCAUGGACGGGCUGCGGGAGGUGAUGCCCUACGCGCACGGCCCGUCCGUGCGCAAGCUCUCCAAGAUCGCCACGCUCCUCCUGGCGCGCAACUACAUCCUGAUGCUCACCAACUCCCUGGAGGAGAUGAAGCGCCUGGUCAGCGAGAUCUACGGCGGCCACCACGCCGGUUUCCACCCCGCCGCCUGCCCCGCCGGCAUGGGCGCGCACUCGGCGCCGCUGCCCGGCCACCCGGGCCACCCGGCCUCGCACCCCGUGCACCACCCCAUCCUGCCCCCCGCCGCCGUCUCCAGCGCCUCCCUGCCCGGCUCCGGCCUCUCCGCCGUCAGCUCCAUCCGGCCCCCGCACGGGCUCCUCAAAUCGCCCUCGGCCGCCGCCGCCGCCGCCCCGCUGGGCAGCGGCUUCCAGCACUGGGGGGGGAUGCCGUGCCCCUGCAGCAUGUGCCAGGUGUCGGCCCCCCCGCACCACCACGUCUCGGGCAUGGGCAGCGCCAGCCUGCCCCGAUUAGCCACCGACACCAAAUGAGCCCCGGGCGGGGCGGCCCCGGCGCCAUCGGGACCUACAAACGCUCCCCGGGGCUGCCGCGGGGGACGGAGCCCCCCAGACCCCCGCACAGCAGAGCCCGGCGCAUCUCCUGAAUUUUGAGUUUUCCGACGCUGCCGGGACUCGGGAGGAGGGGAGGGCCGGGGGUCGCCGCUACCGGAGGACCCAAAACUGCGGAGGGGCUUUGGCUCCGUUAUUCCUCCUUCCCCCCCGGUGCCCGUCUCGUUCCGACACGCGGAGAUUUUGGAGCCGCUCCUGGGUCUGAUCCCCGGGAAAGCAGCGGGGAAUGGGGGAGAACAGCCGGGAAUGGGGGAGAACAGCCGGGAAUGGGGAGAACAGCCGGGAAUGGGGGAGAACAGCCGGGAAUGGGGGGUUGUUCCCGCUCCCCCCGCGGGAUUUCCCCGUUUUCUCUCCGCUCGGGGUUUGUAAAUAGACCGAUAAAAGGCGGGUCCGCUCUGCCUGAGCCUCCCGUCCGUGCACUUCUUCUGUGUCCGUGAAAAAAGGGGUCGGUUUUUCCUUGAUUUGGGUUCUUGGGAUUCGUUGGGUUGUUUUACUUCUAAGCGUUAUAACACGUUUGGUUUCGUUUUUUUGGUUUUUUUUUUUUUUAUUUUUAAUUUUUUUUUCCGUUCCUGCCGCCUUUAACAAAGUUUGAAUUCUUUAAUGCUCUUUCUUGUGUAGGAACUUUCACCCUGUCCGUGUUGCAAUACUGAGAACUUGGGCUUGUUUCUGAAAUAACAACUUUUCUUAUCGCUGCCCCUUGCAGAGAUUUUAUCAUCUGUUUUAUUUUUGUAAAAAAUGGGAAAAAAAAAAAAAAACCGAACAAAAAAACAAAAAAGGGAAAAAAAGUUAAAAAAAAAAAUUGCUAAAUAAUAUUUAUUACUUGUUUGGUUGCAAAAAAAAAAAAAAAAAAAAAAAAAAAAAAAAAAAAAAGUGAUCCAUUGUUGAGAUUUUAAAUAAAUAAAAUUUAAAAAAAAUUUAAAAAGGAAAAACCAUUUUAAAUAAAUGUCCUUUUCCUCUUCCUCGCUGUCCCGGGGAGGCGGAGACAGAUGGGGAAGGGAUGGGAAUAUUUUAGGCGC